CUGAGUAAAUUUGAGAGAAAGCAUGGUAAGGAGAGAAGGAAGAAAAACAUAAAUUUUAACUUUUCUAUUAAGUUUUUUCAAAUUCAGGUGCAUACUUUUCCUAGAGCAAUUUCGUUAUCAGUGCCGGAAAAUGCACCUCUUGGAACGAUUAUAACCAACCUAGCACCCAGUAAUGAAUCGCAGCGUUUCGAAUUCCAAAAACCCGGUACUCCAGACGACUAUCCAAUUCGGAUACUUCCAUCCGGCGAAGUUUAUGUUGCUUCCGAAAUUGAUCGCGAAACCGUGGAAUAUUUUUCUAUUCCCAUUACUGCUGUAACGGUGAAUAAGGAUGGAUUUUCAAGCAAACAGGAUUUUGUGCUUCGAUUGUAUGUAGAGGUAUGUUUUGCUCAUGCAAAUAUUUAUCCUAAAGAUGGCGCGAUUUUGAUUACGAUAAAAUAUAAGAUCAGCAAGGAUGAGGUUGUGGCACCUAGUGAAGGAAUGGCGCACUCUUACUAUCUUUUCCAUUUGCAGGAAGAGCGAGUGAAUGUGCGCCACUCCAAAGCAAUUUUCAAAUUUUCCUGA